AUUCACUGCUGCUGCUGCUGCUGCUGCUGCCUGAGUUGGUCAGGUGUUCGUUGUACAGCGACGUAAACUUUGCAUUUGAAAACCUUUUGGAUUUUGUGGCGACGCAGACACAGCCGAGGCCAUGCUCAGACGGAUACUUCAGAUGACUCCUGGGAAAGGAGGCUCCCAGAACACAGAGUCAGAGCAGCCCAGCGCAGACCUCAACAAUGACCAGACCUCUGAGGGGUUCAUCUGUCCCCAGUGCAUGAAGUCUCACAACACUGCGGAGGAGCUGUUCAAGCACUAUGAGCUGUUCCAUGAUACUGGAGACCUACCCUCUCAUGUGGCCCCCACUCGGGAGGAUCUUACAAUGCUAAGGCAAGAAGUUCAGGAUCUGCAUGCUUCUCUCAAGGAAGAAAGAUGGUUCUCCGGAGAGCUCAAGAAGGAGUUGGACAAAGUUCAAGGACAACUGAAGCAAAGCGAUGGACAGAUGGGCUCAGAGGAUUCAGUGCUGGAGAGAAAGCUGAGUGAAGCUGAGACAGAAAAAUUCAACAUCAAGCAGAUGAAAGACCUGUUUGAGCAGAAGGCUGCCCAGCUGGCCACAGAGAUAGUGGACAUAAAGUCCCGCUAUGAUGAGGAGAAGAGCCUGAGGGAGGCUGCCGACCAGAGGCUUGCCAAACUGACUCAAGAGCUGCAGAAUGAGAAGCAGGAAAGCGAGAGACUCCAGACAGAGCUGCUGCAGCGCCCGGGAGUGGAGGAUGUGGAGGUGCUGCAGAAGGAGCUGGUGCAGGUGCAGACACUGAUGGACUGCAUGACACGUGAGAGGGAGCAGGAGUCAGAGAACCUCAAAAGGCACUAUGAGGAACUGCAGGCUAAUUACACUACCUCAGAGAUUCGUAAACUGGAGAUGACAAUAUCCCAGCUAAAAGCAGAGCUGGAAAAGGGUCCCCAAGAAGCCGCUGUCUACACACAACAGAUCCACCAACUGCAGGGCAAUCUGAACAACUUGCAGCAACAAAGCCAGAGCCUGUCUGAAAAGCUGGCACGCAAAGAGAAGGAGUACCAUGAGCUGGAGGAGCGGCUGGCGAGUGAGCAGGUUGCCAAGAGGGAAGUUCAGGACAGUCUACAUCAAAGGGAGACGGAGGUUCAAGAGCUUCAGGCUAGGGCCACAGGGGCCGAGGCCUCCCUGCAGAAAGCCCAAGCAGAGCUUGGAGAGAGGAGUGAGGAGGUGGCCAAGUUGAAGAAGGAGAUGGUUGAGCUGGAGGUGAAGCAUGGGGAGCUGAAGGUCGAGAGGAAGCAGCUGCAGCAGCAGAGGGAGGAAAAGGAGAGUCAAGGUGCUCAGCAGCAGACUGAAAUCAGUCAACUGCAUGCUAAGCUGCUAGAGGCGGAGAGGCAGCUGGGCGAGCUGCAGGGCCGCCUGAAAGAACAGAGGCAACUGUCCGGGGAGAAACUGAAGGAUCGGGAGCAGCAAGCAGCCGACCUCCAGCUCAAACUCUCUCGUGCUGAGGAGCAGCUGAAGGAGAGCGGCAGUAAGAGCACAGACCUGCAGCACCAGCUGGAGAAGGCCAAGCAGCAGCACCAGGAGCUACAGGCACUGCAGCAGAACACCAACGGCAAACUGCGGGAGGCACAGAAUGACCUGGAGCAGGUGUUGCGUCAGAUCGGGGAUAAGGACCAGAAGAUCCAGAACCUGGAGGCUCUGCUGCAGAAGAGCAAGGACAUUGUGAGCCAGUUGGAAGCAGAGAGAGAGGACCUGUGUGCCAAAAUCCAGGCUGGGGAGGGAGAGACGGCGCUGCUCAACCAGCUGAAAGAGAAAAACCACACACUACAAGAACAGGUGGCCCACUUGACAGACAAGCUGAAGAACCAAUCAGAGAGCCACAAACAGGCCCAGGAUAACCUCCAUGAACAGGUCCAGGAGCAGAAGGCCCUUCUGCGAUCAGCUCAGGACCGAGCUCAGUCUCUGGAGACCUCAGUCACUGAAAUCACCACACAGCUGACAGAAAGCAAGGAGAAGGUGGCCCAACUGGACACUCAGCUGAAGGCCAAGACAGAGAUGCUGCUAUCUGCAGAAGCAGCCAAGUCUGCUCAGCGGGCCGACUUGGAGAACCACCUGGAGACUGCACAACAUGCUCUGCAGGACAAGCAGCAGGAGCUGGGCAAAACUCAGAAGAAGUUGGAGGAGCAGGCCAAGAGACUGCAGGAGAGGCAGGAGCAGUGCAGCCAGAUGGAAACCAGUCUGAAGGAAUGCAAAGACAAGCUGCUGACCUCAGAACAGCGCAUAGAACAGUUGGAGGUGCUCAAUAAGAAACUGGAGUCACAGGUGGUGGAGGUGCAGGCCACACGUGAUCAGGCACAGCAGGAAGUGCAGAAGCUCCAGAAGGAAGGGUCAGAGGUUAAGAAGAAAAGCAAAGAGCUGCAGCGGCUCCUUGAAACUGAGAAAGCAGGGGCUGCAUCACUGCAAGAGGAGCUGAAGAAAAAGGCAGUUGCUUUGAGUGAAAGCCAGAAGCGUCUUGUGUCAUUUGAGCAGGAGAAAGCUGCUCUGCAGGCCAAUCUUGACAAGAUGACCCAGGAGGGGAAGGUCCGGCAAGCAGAGCUGGAUAAGAAAACCCAGGGCUUGGCAGCAGAUUUACUUAAGGUCCAACAGGAGAAAGAGAAUCAAGGGAAGGAGCUUGCCUCGACAAAGGAAAGCCUAGCCAACGCCAACAAGGCACUGAAAGAGAGUCAAAGCCAACUGGACAAGGAGAAGAAGAGCAAUAAGGCAGCCAUGGAGGAGAUGGCAAAGUCUAAUGAGAAGGCCAAACAGGAGCUUCUUAAGAGCAAGGAGGCCAUCACCAAGGAAAUGAAAGAAACUAAAGAACAGAUGGAGCAGAUGAGAGAGGCAGAGAAAAAUUUGAAGAUGCAGCUGGCUUCAUUAGAGCAGCAGCAACUGAAGACUCAAGAGGCUCUGAAAGAGAAGGACAGUAGUGUGCAGAACCUGCAGGCACAGCUAAAGGCAGCCCACGGGUCCUUGGAACAGGAGAGGAAGAAGCUGGAGAGCCAAGUGAAAGAGUUACAGGAUGUCAGCGUCAAGAAGGCUGAAGAGGAGAGCAAGCUGAGGGCCCAGGUGUCAGCACUGGGACAGAAUCUGGCCUCUGAGAAGAACCAGGUAGCCGAGCUUCAAAAAGCCUUAGAGCAGAGCAAAGACGGCUUCACCAAGCUGCAGUCUGACUACUACGGCAAAGAGUCUGAGGUCUCAGCACUGCGUCAAGACCUCAAGACAUCAGAGGAGAAGUUGAGCCAGGGCCAGGAGGAGCUGGCUGCUAACCGGACUCAUCAGACGGGCUUGGAGGCUCAGAUCCAGGAACUGAAGACAGCCCGGGCCUCUUUGCAGCAGGAGCUGGGCAAACGGGACCAGAAGCUCCAGCAGCAGGACCAAGCCCUGAAAGAAGUACAGAAACAACAGGGUCUGGCUAAAGAGGAGCUGGAGAAAGAGAAGGGCAAAGUAGAGGAGCUGAACAAAGCCAAAAGCGCCCUGGAAAAGAACAGCACCAGACUGACUUCUGAGCUCAAAGCACUAAUGGAAAAGAGUGAGAAGGAGCUGGGUGAGUUGCAGGAAGCCAAACAGCUGUUGAUUCAGCAGAAACUGGAGAUGCAGGGCCAGGUGGAGGCAGCGCAGACUGCUCUGGAGCAGGAGAAGAAAGAACAUCAGGCCACCAGGGACAGCGUGGCCAAGAGAGAGGAACAGCUUCUUGUCCAAACCAAGGAGGUCCAAGCUCAGCUGGUGGCAGAGAAGCGGGCUAGGGAGGAGCAGGUGAAGCGCGGGGAGGAGGCGGAAGCUAAGCUGGGUGUGCAGGUGACCGCUCUGAACGAGAACGUGGCUACGCUGAAGAGGGAGUGGCAGGGCAGCCAGCGGCGGGUCAGUGAGCUGGAGAAACAGACAGACGAGCUGAGGGGAGAGAUCGCCGUCCUGGAGGCCACCGUCCAGAACAACCAGGAUGAGAGACGGGCUCUGCUGGAGAGGUGUGUGAAAGGUGAAGGUGAAAUAGAGAAGCUUCAAGGCAAGGUGGUGGAGAUGAGGAGGAAGCUCGACGACACGACAGCAGCCAUGCAAGAACUGGGCAGAGAGAACCAGUCACUGCAGAUCAAGCAGUCGCAGUCUCUAACCAGGAAGUGGGCUGAGGAUCACGAGGUGCAGAACUGCAUGGCCUGUGGGAAGGGCUUUUCUGUCACCGUCAGGAAGCACCACUGCAGACAUUGUGGAAACAUUUUCUGCGCUGAGUGUUCGUCUAAGAACGCCCUCACCCCCUCCUCCAAGAAGCCAGUGCGUGUGUGUGAAACGUGCUUUGAGGAGCUCCAAGGUUGAUUUCCCCCCUCUCUUCCCUUUACCCCUCUCCACCCUCCACCUCCCCCCAACCCCAACCCACUCCUCCCCCUCCAACGGGCAGAAGAAGGCGUGUCUUGUCAAUUUUAAUGUGCACUAUAACGGACAGACCCAGUGGAAGGACACUCAUCUUCCUGUGACGACAGUGAUUCAGCUCUGGCGCUGAGGCUUUUGGUCUUCGCGCAGCUGAAGAGGAUGGGAUAUGCACCGGAGCCAUGUGAUGGGAUAGGGCGGGAUAGUCCGUAUCUGUUUUGUGCCUUUGCUACUCCUGUGGACUGCCAGAGAGCGGAGACAGGGAAUGCUACACAGCACCAUUUCAUCUCUUCAAACCCCAUAUUCGGACAUCCAUCUUGGUUUUGCAUCAUUAGCGUUAGCAAGGUGGUUGACCGGAAGUGUCUGGUGUACAAGGCUGGACAUCAGCCGUCUGGAUGCCUGAGACAGAGAACGACACUGAAAGUGUGUUCUGGAAGUAAAUAUUGUAAAAGUGGAUGUAAUUGUGAUUUUGAAAGUCGCUGCUGCCGUACAAAGGUAAAUGCAAGUAACUGUGUAUUUUGAUAAAAAAAAAAAAAUCAUAAAGGCCUCUGUGAUGCAUUUGUGUGUCAUUCAACUUUAUCUUAUGCCUAAAACAGAAACUUAAAGGAUCACUUUUAUAGCAACUUAUAAAAACAGAAGUAAAACCAAGUAGCCAGUGCAUACUGCUUUUGUCAUUUUUACUACAGCUGCAUUUUCUGCCAGGUACUCAACAACUCUGAAUUUCUGACCAUCUGUGGAAACAUUACUUGCAAUAUAAUUUUUUAAUUUAUGUUGAAGAUAUAUGUAAUGUACAGUAUAAUUUAAUUUGACCAAUACAUGAACACUAAGGUGUAGCCAGAUGACAGAUGUUUUUGAGGAAAUACUUCAACACCUCCAUGUAAGAGAAAAUAUUUGUGCUUCAACAGAGAGACAUACUGUAUACAGUUAAGUCAGUACAUAGGAUGUGAUAUCCAAAAGGGUAUGAUUUCAAAAAGUAGAUAAAUAUGUGAGCAAUCUGUGGUUAAUUUACUGGCAAUACUGGGUUGUAUUGAUACAAAGCCAAAGGAAUACGCUCAACUUUUUAGGGAUUUUAGGGAUCAAAGCUCAUGAAUGGACUCACAUUUCAUCCACAGCCAAGAUUUCACUACAUUACAGAAAGCAGUUUAUCAGAUUUUGUUAUAGAAUUUUUAUUUUAUUUUAUUUUACUAACAAUAUUCUAUAGAGGGCAGGAGGCCAAGACCAGUGAAAGCAGUUUAAUGCACAUUUUCUUUGUAUGGCAGAGUGGUCGUGUAUGUCUUGAAAAAGUAAAGUAUUCAGCCUAUUUCAUGACCAAAGAAUGUCUGCUGGAGGAUUAUAAGCAAGAUGAUAGCCUUGACUUUCUUUCACAUUAAUUUCAGUAAUUAAAUUUUUUUUUUAGUGUGUGUGUUUGAAAGCGUUUGAGUUUUAAAUCACAUUUUUAUCAUGAACACAGGCAUGCAUGAGGAUUUAAUUUUUUUUUUUAAUGUACAUUUGAUUUUGUCGUCGCUGUGCUACAUUUCUUCAAAACAGAAUUACUUUUUGGUGCAUCUUAAUUUCAACAAAUUGUGGUGCUUUUUGCAGUCUGAUAAUGCAGCCAUGAAAGGUGCUUGCAUGUUCCUUAUGUUUUUUUUGUUUUUUUUCUUUCUCCUGCUGCCUGUCUCCACUCAACAGCAUCGACUACUGCUGGAGCUGUGUGCGCUCUGCUUUCAAGCAAUAACUGUGGCUGUGUGUGAUGUGGCUGUGACAGGGUGUAUGUUUCGGUGUAGUAACUGGAUGUGUGUGUACAGUUGGGCUGCUGUGUUGUCUGCCUGUACAGCUCCUAGAUGUGUAUGUUCGCUGCUCAAAAACCUCAGUAUCUCUCGCACAUUUUUUCGAGGGGGGGAUGUCCGUGCUGAAGUGCAGUGGUUACUGUAGGUUCUCUGUACGACCUGUCUGUAACUGAGAACACUGUAAGAGUUGAUUCCUUCUUUGUAUAAUUUAUGUUUGCUGUCAAGUUAUUAGAUAUCGGUAAGAUCUUUUGUGCAAUUGUCUAACGACUGGAGUAGGGUGUAAAACUAAGCCGAGCGACAAUGCAAGCUGUUCUGGCGUUUUGCAAAGAGUGGCUUGUUUAGGGCUUAGGCUUACCAACUUAGCUCUUAAUGCUUGUAUGCUCUGUAGAAAUGAAUGUCCAUCUCAGUUGCAAGCUUUCAUAAGAACACACAUUUCUCUCUGCGUUGCAUUGAUUUCGUUAUGUCUACCUCAGAUUGGCACAGAAAAAGGCACUAUUUCUAAAUCUUGGAGAUGCUAAAUAUUUUCUCCUUGGCUGCAUUUAAUUAAGUAUUUGUGAUUGAUUCUUUUUUUUUUUUCCAAGUUGUAUAGUCCCUGAAGCCCAGAGAGACGAUCUGCACCUUAUUGUAUUCUGGGCUCAUCCAUGCAGCUGACCAAACCCAGCCACAAACAUAGGACCACCAACUUUAUACAGGCUUCAGCAUUUCUAACCCUAAUGUACUUAAUUGCUCAUUAAUACUGAGGCUAUCAUGAUUAUGUUUGUAAAGUGUUUGUUUGUAAUGAACGAAAAAGAAAUAUAUAACACUUGUGGAUAUAGAACCACAGCAACAGCGAAACAUGUAGAUUCAUCACUGUCGUUCAUUUUUACAAAAUGGCACCACAGACCUACAGUGCACUGAAUUGUGGCUUGUUUCGUGUUGAUGUCAGUUAUCAUGCAUGAUGAAUCAAUCAGCUUGUGGCUCACACACUUUCUCCAUGUUUUGUGUCUGGUUAUCAUAUUUGGUGGUUGUGAGGGUGUGCCUUAGGCCAACUUCUUGUACAGUAAGUCUUGCUCCCUGUUACUCGUGGGCAGUGACGUGCACCAUGUAUUACCAGUCUCAGUGAGUGACCACAUGACUAACCUGAAGGGAGGAACUCUCAAGAAAAGGAAAACAAUGUAAUUUAUGUUCACAUGUACCAUUUGAUUUUCUAAUUCUCCAUCAUGACUUAAAGUAAAUAAAACCUAUGUUUCUAUUUCUCAUA